AUUAAAAAGAUAAUCCAAGAAAAGAAAAAUCGUAACAAGAGAGAACACUCAAAAGGAGAAAAUAGGAAAGAAAAGAAAAAAAAAAGUUAAUUACUUGUUUAAUUUUCUUCAACAUUCAAAUCAAAGCAAAGAAGAUACUUGGGGAAGAAGAGAGAAGAAGAGUCACAUUCCAUGGUUAAAACUUGAUAGAGAGACGGCGGCGCGUGUGAGCGCGUGGUGUGAAGAAGAAGAUGUCAGGUGGUGGAUGCAGCAGCAUAGUGUGGUUCAGGAGAGAUCUGAGGGUGGAGGAUAACCCGGCGUUGACGGCUGCAGUGAGAGCAGGUGCGGUAGUGGCGGUUUUCGUCUGGGCGCCGGAGGAAGAGGGUCAAUACCACCCUGGAAGGGUUUCUAGGUGGUGGUUGAAGCAGAGUUUAGCUCACCUUGAUUCCUCUUUGAGAAAUCUUGGUACUCCACUUAUCACUAAGAGAUCCACUGAUAGUGUUUCUUCUUUGUUGGAGGUUGUUGAGUCCACUGGUGCUACUCAAAUCUUCUUUAACCAUUUAUAUGAUCCCCUGUCACUUAUCAGGGAUCACCGAGCAAAAGAGGUUCUGACUUCUCAGGGCAUAACAGUACGUUCCUUCAAUGCUGAUUUAUUAUAUGAACCAUGGGAUGUCAAUGAUGCCAAUGGCCAACCAUUCACAACUUUCGAUGCUUUUUGGGGAAGAUGUCUUAGCAUGCCUUAUGAUCCCGAGUCACCUCUUCUCCCACCUAAAAGGAUUAUUCCAGGUGAUGUAUCAAAGUGCUCUUGUGAUGCGUUGAUGUUUGAAGAUGAAUCAGAGAAGGCAAGCAAUGCACUUCUUGCUCGAGGAUGGUCACCUGGGUGGAGCAAUGCUAACAAGGCAUUGACCACAUUCAUAAAUGGUCCACUGAUUGAGUACUCUCAAAAUCGCAGGAAGGCAGACAGUGCCACUACAUCAUUUCUCUCACCCCAUUUGCAUUUUGGUGAGGUGAGUGUCAAAAAAGUCUUCCAUCUUGUCCGCAUCAAACAAGUUUUGUGGGCCAAUGAAGGAUACUGUGCUGGUGAAGAAAGUGUGAACUUAUUCCUUAAGUCUAUUGGUCUCAGAGAAUAUUCAAGAUAUAUCAGUUUCAACCACCCCUACAGCCAUGAAAGGCCUCUUCUUGGCCACCUUAAGUUCUUUCCUUGGGUAGUAAAUGAAGGCUAUUUUAAGGCAUGGAGACAAGGCAGAACGGGCUACCCAUUAGUAGAUGCUGGAAUGAGAGAGUUAUGGGCAACUGGUUGGCUGCAUGAUCGGAUACGUGUUGUCGUUUCUAGUUUCUUUGUGAAGGUUCUGCAGCUUCCUUGGAGAUGGGGAAUGAAAUAUUUUUGGGAUACCCUCUUGGAUGCAGAUCUUGAGAGCGAUGCUCUUGGCUGGCAGUACAUAUCUGGUACUUUACCUGAUGGUUGUGAAUUUGACCGUAUAGAUAAUCCACAGUUUGAAGGUUACAAAUUUGACCCAAAUGGAGAAUAUGUACGCCGCUGGCUUCCAGAACUUGCUAGAUUACCAACUGAGUGGAUACAUCAUCCAUGGAAUGCACCAGAACCAGUGCUUCAAGCUGCUGGAAUUGAGCUGGGAUCAAAUUAUCCUCUUCCAAUUGUGGAAAUAGAGGCAGCAAAAGUCAGACUAGAAGAAGCUCUAUUAGAAAUGUGGCAACUCGAGGCAGCUUCAAGAGCUGCAAUUGAAAAUGGAACUGAGGAAGGACUUGGAGACUCCUCUGAAUCUGUCCCUCUUGCUUUCCCUCAAGACGUACAUAUGGAGGAAAGUCAUGAGAUUGUUAGGAACAACCCCCCUCCCAUUACUCGACGCUACCAGGACCAGAUGGUUCCAAGCAUGACUUCUUCCCUGGUGAGAGUGGAAGAGGAAGAAACUUCAUUGGAUCUUCGAAACACGGCAGAAGAUAGCAGCAGAGCUGAAGUUCCAGUAAAUGUAACCGCACAACAAAAUGCAGUAGACACAUUGAAUGAAGGGAUGUUGCAGACUGUUCAUAGGAAUACUCUGCAAUACAAUCAUACUGCAAUGGAGCUGAGAAAUGCAGCUGACGAUUCCACAGUAGAUUCUUCAGGUAGUAGCAGGAGAGAAAGGGACGGAGGCAUAGUUCCGGAAUGGUUUCCACCAGCUUCCAGUUACUCAGAACAAUUUGUAGGAGAUGAAAAUGGUAUAGGAAGCAGUUCAUCUUACUUGCAAAGGCAUCCUCAGUCUCGCCAAUUGGUGAAUUGGAGGCGGUUACCACAGACUGGGUGAUUCAUAAUCGAAACAAUUUAUCAGACUAGAAGCAGGAGGUGGAAAAUACACUAUCACCUUUAUCUGGAGAUAAAUACGAUAUUGUAUCUGCAUUGGACAUAGAUGUGUUAAUUUCCUACUCCUUUUACAAGUCUUGAUACAUGAUUAAUGGCUGACCUCCAAUGUGUAUGAAAACUUCAAUUCAUAUGGCAGUGCAUUAGCAGCCCCUUCUGCUUUCUUGUACAAUAUUUGUAGGUCUACUACUGUAUAGCAUACUUUGUGUAGUGAAGCGAGGGAGAAAGAGCUACCGUAGGAUCUUUGGCCCACUAAUAAACUCAGGCUUGUGCUUUCAUUUAACGCAGAUACAUUAUUGUUCAUGA